UUCCAAGGACUUUGGGGGAAAACAAACCCUAAUCGGGCAAUUCCAAUUUCCAACAUCAAAUCGAGAUUACUGUGAAGCUCUUUAUUCGUUCUUGUAAUUGUAAUCGAGUGAAAGAAGUCAGCUGAAUUGCUCAAUUCGAGUACGGGAAAUGGCAGGAAGAGAAGUUCGAGAGUACACAAACCUUACGGAUCCCAAAGAUAAAAAAUUGGGGAAGGGAAAGGACAGAGUAGAUGAUGAAGAAAUUACUUUUCAACGCAUGGUCGCCAAGGGAUCUUGGCUUCCUCAACUGGGUGGCUGAUAUACACAGAUGCAAGAGGUUGCAGGAGAACGUGGAGGUUACCUUCAUGGACGAGGCGCCUUGGACAGCGAUGAUUUACUUUAUCUCAAGGAGCAGAUGGAGGCUGAGGAAGAUGCGGAACGUCUUCUACGCCGUACAGAGAAACGUGCAUUUGCUGCUUUUAAGAAGGCUGUGUCUGAGACCUCCACAGCAUCAGUUCCAUUGCCACUUCGUGUUGAGCCCAAGCCAAAGAGUGGAAUCAGGCAGCAAGAUUUGCUGAAGAGGAUGGUGGAAGUGAAGCCGAAGCGGCAGAGAGUUUCUAGCCCUUCUGAUGGAAAGCAAUCCUCUGUGAUUCUGAGUAGACAGGAAUCUGAUACACAUGAAUCUGUAAGUGCUCAGGAAAAGGAAAAGGAUAAAAGUGUUGUUGACAGAUUAAACAAAGCGGGAGAGGAAAGAAAACUGGAUAACCCAGUACAAAGUUUGCUAGUAGCGUAUGAGAGUUCUGAUGAUGAAGAAUAAUUGACAGAAUAUUCUCUUGAUUUUCCUCUCUUUUCUUUUUUGAAGCAUGGUAUGUAUUUUGUUAUCAUACUGAGUACUGUUAUAUAUAUACAGUGUUCAUUAAUACAUAACUCGUGUCUUGGUGGUCA